UUCAAACUAAUUUUUGUUAAUAAUCAAUGAAAAUAGAAACACCAUUAUUAUCUAUUUAUUAAUACUAUUUCAUUUAAUUUCAACAUUUACAUAUUAAAGUCUCAAUUAUUUUUUAAAUCACGCAACUUUAUUUGAUUCCAAAACAUAAAAAACAUGUCAGCAAAAGAGUUCAAUCUUCCACAAGAAGUCGUAGAUGUAUUACCUUCAGAUCCUUUUCAACAGCUUGAUAUUGCCCGUAAAAUCACUUCCAUUGCCCUUUCGACACGUGUCUCCGCCCUUGAAUCUGAGUCCGCAGUCCUCCGCCAACAGCUUGCCGAUCGCGACGCCGUCAUCGUUGACCUCAAUUCUCAGCUUGACUCCAUUGACUCUACUGUUUCCGCAAAUUUACAUAAAUUGUCCAUUGCUGAUCAGGAUAAUGAGAAUUUAUUGAAAGAGAAUGCGGUGCUUUUGGAAACGGUUAGUAAGCUUAAGCGUGAUGUUGCUAAGUUGGAGAGCUUCAGAAAGACACUUAUGAUGUCACUUCAAGAUGAAGAAGGAAGUUCGGUAACUGAUCCUCCGGUUGCAGCCAAUGCCCAAAACUACACAAGUUUAUCAUCCCAAAUAUUAUCUAGAGAAGAUGAGGAAAGUGCUUCAUUGAUACAGAGUCGGUCCUCAGAUGUAGGAAAGUCAUACCAUGACGAGCUUGUGAAUGAUGGUGAGACAGCCUGGAGACCUCGCAUAUCACCGAGUUUGUUGUUAGCAUCCCAAACAAGCCCACAACGACUUACGCCUCAUGGGUCGCCGCCAACUCUGUCAGCAUCGGCUUCUCCAACAAGGACCCAUACGCCAGUUUCUCCAAGAAGACACUCAAUUUCUGUUCCGUCUUCUGUCUUUUCAUCUGCAAGCCCAAGUACAUAUAGCUCAAUGUCAGGAAGGACUCGAGUUGAUGGUAAAGAAUUUUUCAGACAAGUCAGGAGCCGAUUGUCAUAUGAGCAGUUUUCUGCAUUCUUAGCAAAUGUGAAAGAACUAAACUCUCAAAAGCAAUCCAAGGAGGAUACUUUAAGGAAGGCUGAUGAAAUAUUUGGACCGGGCAAUAAUGAUCUCUAUGCUAUAUUUGAGGGGCUAGUAACUCGUAACUUCAACUGAAAUUACGAUGUUUCAUUCUUAUUAUGCACAGUGCCACACUUUGCGGUCGAUUAUAAAUAUAAUCUUACUAAAAUUCGUUUGUAUAUUAUAUCAAAUCAAAUGAUACAUUUCUCGGAUGUAUUUAUUGCCUUGUGUAUACAUGGUUAUCAAAUGUGUUAUCAACAUACAUACGUACAUAUAUGUAUAUACUUAAAGUUUACUAGUU